UCUCGCUGCUUCACUUCACGGGGCGAACAUGGCGCACAGCUGUCGGUGGCGCUUCCCCGCCCGACCCGGGACCACCGGGGGCGGCGGCGGCGGGGGGCGCCGGGGCCUAGGGGGCGCCCCGCGGCAACGCGUCCCAGCCCUGCUGCUUCCCCCCGGGCCCCCGGUCGGCGGCGGCGGCCCCGGGGCGCCCCCCUCCCCCCCGGCUGUGGCGGCCGCGGCGGCGGCGGCGGCGGCGGCGGCGGCGGGAAGCAGCGGGGCUGGGGUUCCAGGGGGAGCGGCCGCCGCCUCAGCAGCCUCUUCGUCGUCCGCCUCGUCUUCGUCUUCGUCAUCGUCUUCAGCCUCCUCAGGGCCGGCCCUGCUCCGGGUGGGCCCGGGCUUCGACGCGGCGCUGCAGGUCUCGGCCGCCAUCGGCACCAACCUGCGCCGGUUCCGGGCGGUGUUUGGGGAGAGCGGCGGGGGAGGCGGCAGCGGAGAGCUAACAACACAGAUCCCAUGUAGUUGGAGAACCAAAGGCCUCAUACAUGACAAAAAGACUGAACCGUUCAGGUUACUUGCAUGGAGUUGGUGCUUAAAUGAUGAGCAGUUCUUAGGUUUUGGCUCAGAUGAAGAAGUCAGAGUGAGAAGCCCCACAAGGUCUCCUUCAGUUAAAACUAGUCCUCGAAAACCUCGCGGGAGACCUAGAAGCGGCUCUGACCGGAAUUCAGCUAUCCUCUCAGACUCAUCUGUGUUUUCCCCUCUCAAUAAACCAGAGACCAAAUCUGGAGAUAAGAUCAAGAAGAAAGAUUCAAAAAGCAUAGAAAAGAAGCGAGGAAGACCUCCCACUUUCACUGGAGUCAAAAUCAAAAUAACCCACGGAAAGGACAUUGCAGAGUUACCAAAGGAAAGCAAAGAAGAGAGCCUGAAAGCAAUCAAACGGACGCCUUCUGCCACCUUUCAGCAAGCCACAAAGAUAAAAAAAUUAAGAGCAGGUAAACUCUCUCCUCUCAAGUCUAAGUUUAAGACAGGGAAGCUUCAAAUAGGAAGGAAGGGGGUCCAGAUUGUCCGGCGGCGAGGAAGGCCCCCGUCCGCAGAGAGGAUAAAGACCCCUUCGGGUCUCCUCAUUAAUUCCGAACUGGAAAAGCCCCAGAAGGUCCGCAAAGACAAAGAAGGAAGCCCUCCGCUCUCCAGAGAGGACAAGGCGGUGGUCAGGCAGAGCCCUCGCAGGAUUAAGCCGGUCAGGAUUAUUCCUUCUUCCAAAAGGACAGAUGCGACAAUUGCUAAGCAGCUCCUGCAGAGGGCGAAAAAAGGGGCCCAAAAGAAAAUUGAAAAAGAAGCAGCUCAGCUGCAAGGAAGAAAGGUGAAGACGCAGGUCAAGAACAUCCGGCAGUUCAUCAUGCCAGUCGUCAGCGCCAUCUCCUCACGCAUCAUCAAAACGCCUCGGCGGUUCAUCGAGGAUGAGGAUUACGACCCUCCAAUUAAAAUCGCCCGGCUGGAGUCUACACCCAACAGCAGGUUCAGCGCCACGUCCUGUGGAUCUUCUGAAAAAUCCAGCGCAGCUUCUCAGCACUCCUCUCAGGCGUCUUCAGACUCCUCCCGAUCCAGUAGCCCCAGCGUCGAUACCUCCACGGAUUCUCAGGCCUCUGAGGAGAUCCAGGGUCUUCCCGAAGAGCGGAGUGAGACCCCCGAAGUCCAUACUCCACUGCCCAUUUCCCAGUCCCCAGAAACCGAGAGCAACGACAGGAGGAGCAGAAGGUAUUCGGUAUCGGAGAGGAGCUUCGGAUCUAGAGCGACUAAAAAGCUGUCAACUCUACAAAGUGCCCCCCAGCAGCAGACCUCCUCGUCGCCCCCUCCCCCGCUGCUUACUCCACCCCCGCCACUGCAGCCGGCCCCCAGCAUCUCUGACCACACACCGUGGCUCAUGCCUCCAACAAUCCCCCUAGCCUCACCGUUUUUGCCUGCUUCUGCUGCGCCCAUGCAAGGGAAGCGAAAAUCUAUUUUGCGAGAACCGACAUUUAGGUGGACUUCUUUGAAGCAUUCUAGGUCAGAGCCGCAGUACUUUUCCUCAGCAAAGUAUGCCAAAGAAGGUCUUAUCCGCAAACCAAUAUUUGAUAACUUCCGACCCCCUCCACUCACUCCCGAGGAUGUCGGCUUCGCGUCUGGUUUUUCUGCAUCUGGUACUGCUGCCUCAGCCCGACUGUUUUCGCCACUCCAUUCCGGAACAAGGUUUGAUAUGCACAAAAGGAGCCCUCUUCUGAGGGCUCCACGAUUUACUCCAAGCGAGGCUCACUCUAGAAUAUUUGAGUCUGUAACUUUGCCUAGUAAUCGAACUUCUGCGGGGACAUCUUCUUCAGGAGUAUCUAAUAGAAAAAGGAAAAGAAAAGUGUUUAGUCCUAUUCGAUCUGAACCAAGAUCUCCUUCUCACUCCAUGAGGACAAGAAGUGGAAGGCUUAGUACUUCUGAGCUGUCACCUCUCACUCCCCCAUCUUCUGUCUCUUCCUCGUUGAGCAUUUCUGUUAGUCCUCUUGCCACUAGUGCCUUAAACCCGACUUUUACUUUUCCUUCUCAUUCCCUGACUCAGUCUGGGGAAUCUGCAGAGAAAAACCAGAGACCAAGGAAGCAGACUAGUGCUCCAGCAGAGCCAUUCUCGUCAAGUAGUCCCACUCCUCUCUUCCCUUGGUUCACCCCAGGCUCUCAGACUGAACGAGGGAGAAAUAAAGACAAGGCCCCCGAGGAGCUGUCCAAAGAUCGAGACGCUGACAAGAGCGUGGAGAAGGACAAGAGUAGAGAGAGAGACCGGGAGAGAGAAAAAGAGAAUAAGCGGGAGUCAAGGAAAGAGAAGAGGAAGAAGGGGUCCGAGAUUCAGAGUAGCUCCGCUUUGUAUGCAGUGGGCAGGGUUUCCAAAGAGAAGGCUGCUGGUGAAGAUGUUGGCACCUCCUCUUCUGCCAAAAAGGCCACAGGGCGGAAGAAGUCUUCAUCACUCGAUUCUGGGACUGAUAUUGCUGCUGUGACUCUUGGGGAUACAACAGCUGUCAAAACCAAAAUACUUAUAAAGAAAGGGAGAGGAAAUCUGGAAAAAAACAACUUGGACCUCGGCCCAACUGCCCCAUCCCUGGAGAAGGAGAAAACCCUCUGCCUUUCCACUCCUUCCUCUAGCACUGUUAAACAUUCCACUUCCUCCAUAGGCUCCAUGUUGGCUCAGGCAGACAAGCUUCCAAUGACUGACAAGAGGGUUGCCAGCCUGCUAAAAAAGGCCAAAGCCCAGCUCUGCAAGAUCGAGAAGAGUAAGAGUCUUAAGCAAACUGACCAGCCCAAAGCACAGGGUCAAGAGAGUGAUUCAUCAGAGACCUCUGUACGAGGUCCCCGUAUUAAACACGUAUGCAGAAGAGCUGCUGUUGCCCUUGGCCGAAAACGAGCUGUGUUUCCUGACGACAUGCCCACCCUGAGUGCCUUACCUUGGGAAGAACGGGAGAAGAUUUUGUCUUCCAUGGGGAAUGAUGACAAGUCAUCGAUUGCUGGCUCAGAAGAUGCUGAACCUCUUGCUCCCCCCAUCAAACCGAUUAAGCCUGUCACCAGAAACAAGGCACCUCAGGAACCUCCGGUAAAGAAAGGACGGCGAUCGAGGCGGUGUGGGCAGUGUCCUGGCUGCCAGGUGCCUGAGGACUGUGGUGUUUGCACUAAUUGCUUAGACAAGCCCAAGUUUGGUGGCCGUAACAUAAAGAAGCAGUGCUGCAAGAUGAGGAAAUGUCAGAAUCUACAAUGGAUGCCUUCCAAAGCCUACCUUCAAAAGCAAGCUAAAGCUGUGAAAAAGAAAGAGAAAAAGUCCAAGACCAGUGAAAAGAAAGAGAGCAAAGAGAGCAGUGUUGUGAAGAGCGUGGUGGACUCUAGUCAGAAGCCUACCCCACCAGCAAGAGAGGAUCCUGCCCCAAAGAAAAGCAGCAGUGAGCCCGCUCCACGGAAGCCGGUCGAGGAGAAGAGUGAAGAAGGGAACGCCUCGGCGCCAGGGCCUGAAGCCAAACAAGGCAGCACUCCAGCUUCCAGGAAGUCCAGCAAACAGGCCUCCCAGCCAGCACCCGCCAUCCCUCCUCAGCCACCCAGCACAGGACCCCCGAGAAAAGAAGUUCCCAAGACCACUCCAAGCGAGCCCAAGAAGAAGCAGCCUCCGCCACCAGAAUCAGGUCCAGAGCAAAGCAAGCAGAAAAAAGUGGCUCCCCGCCCUAAUAUCCCUGUGAAACAGAAACCAAAAGAAAAGGAAAAACCGCCUCCCAUCAGUAAGCAGGAGAAUGCCAGCACUUUGAACAUCCUCAGCACCCUGUCCAAUGGCACUAGUUCUAAGCAGAAAGUCCCAGCAGAUGGAGUCCACAGGAUCAGGGUGGACUUUAAGGAGGAUUGUGAAGCAGACAACGUGUGGGAGAUGGGAGGCUUAGGAAUCCUGACCUCUGUUCCUAUAACACCCAGGGUGGUUUGCUUUCUCUGUGCCAGUAGUGGGCAUGUAGAGUUUGUGUAUUGCCAAGUCUGUUGUGAGCCCUUCCACAAGUUCUGUUUAGAGGAGAACGAGCGCCCUCUGGAGGACCAGCUGGAAAAUUGGUGUUGUCGGCGCUGCAAGUUCUGUCACGUCUGUGGGAGGCAGCAUCAGGCUACCAAGCAGCUGCUGGAGUGUAACAAGUGCCGAAACAGCUAUCACCCUGAGUGCCUGGGACCAAACUACCCCACCAAACCCACCAAGAAAAAGAAAGUCUGGAUCUGUACCAAAUGUGUGCGCUGCAAGAGCUGUGGAUCCACAACUCCAGGCAAAGGGUGGGAUGCACAGUGGUCUCAUGAUUUCUCACUGUGCCACGACUGUGCCAAACUCUUCGCUAAAGGAAACUUCUGCCCGCUCUGUGACAAGUGCUAUGAUGACGAUGACUAUGAGAGUAAGAUGAUGCAAUGUGGCAAGUGUGAUCGCUGGGUCCAUUCCAAAUGUGAGAAUCUUUCAGAUGAGAUGUAUGAGAUUCUAUCCAACCUGCCGGAAAGCGUGGCCUACACUUGUGUGAACUGUACCGAGCGGCACCCUGCAGAGUGGCGGCUGGCCCUGGAGAAGGAGCUGCAGCUCUCUCUGAAGCAGGUUCUGACGGCCCUGUUGAACUCUCGGACCACCAGUCACUUGCUCCGAUAUCGGCAGGCUGCCAAGCCUCCGGACUUAAAUCCUGAGACGGAGGAGAGUAUUCCUUCCCGCAGCUCCCCUGAAGGACCUGACCCACCAGUUCUCACGGAGGUCAGCAAGCAGGAUGAGCAGCAGCCUUUAGAUCUGGAAGGGGUCAAGAGGAAAAUGGACCAGGGCAACUACAUGUCUGUGUUGGAGUUCAGUGAUGAUAUUGUGAAGAUCAUUCAAGCAGCCAUUAAUUCAGAUGGAGGGCAGCCAGAGAUUAAAAAAGCCAACAGCAUGGUCAAGUCCUUCUUUAUUCGGCAAAUGGAACGUGUUUUCCCUUGGUUUAGUGUCAAAAAGUCCAGGUUUUGGGAGCCAAAUAAAGUAUCAAGCAACAGUGGGAUGUUACCAAACGCAGUGCUUCCACCUUCACUUGACCAUAAUUAUGCUCAGUGGCAGGAGCGAGAGGAGAACAGCCACACUGAGCAGCCUCCUUUAAUGAAGAAAAUCAUUCCAGCUCCUAAACCCAAAGGGCCUGGAGAGCCAGACUCACCGACGCCGCUGCUUCCUCCGACACCUCCGACUCUGGGUGCCGAUAGGAGUCGAGAAGAUAGUCCAGAGCUGAACCCACCCCCAGGCAUAGAAGAUAAUAGACAGUGUGCAUUAUGUUUGAUGUAUGGUGAUGACAGUGCUAAUGAUGCUGGCCGUUUGCUAUACAUUGGCCAAAAUGAGUGGACACACGUCAAUUGUGCUCUGUGGUCGGCGGAAGUGUUUGAAGAUGACGAUGGAUCCUUAAAGAAUGUGCACAUGGCUGUGAUCAGGGGCAAGCAGCUGAGAUGUGAAUUCUGCCAGAAGCCAGGAGCCACCGUGGGUUGCUGUCUCACAUCUUGCACCAGCAACUAUCAUUUCAUGUGCUCCCGAGCCAAGAACUGUGUCUUUCUGGAUGAUAAAAAAGUGUAUUGCCAACGACAUCGGGAUCUGAUCAAAGGCGAGGUGGUUCCUGAGAAUGGAUUUGAAGUUUUUAGAAGAGUGUUUGUGGACUUUGAAGGAAUCAGCUUGAGAAGGAAGUUUCUCAAUGGCUUGGAACCAGAAAAUAUCCACAUGAUGAUUGGCUCUAUGACGAUUGACUGCUUGGGACUUCUGAAUGAUCUCUCUGACUGUGAAGAUAAGCUCUUUCCUAUUGGAUAUCAGUGUUCCAGGGUGUACUGGAGCACCACGGACGCCCGCAAGCGCUGUGUGUACACGUGCAAGAUAGUGGAGUGCCGCCCCCCGCUCGUGGAACCAGACAUCAACAGCACUGUUGAGCAUGAUGAAAACAGGACCAUAGCCCACAGCCCCGCGUCAUCUACAGAAAGUUCAUCUAAAGAGAGUCAAAACACAGCGGAAAUUAUAAGUCCUCCAUCACCAGACCGACCUCCACAUUCGCAAGCCUCUAGCUCCUGUUAUUAUCAUGUAAUCUCAAAAGUCCCCAGGAUUCGAGCACCCAGCUACUCUCCAACACAGAGAUCCCCCGGCUGCCGGCCAUUGCCUUCUGCAGGAAGUCCUACCCCUACAACUCAUGAAAUUGUCACGGUGGGUGAUCCUUUACUCUCCUCUGGACUUCGAAGCAUUGGCUCCAGGCGUCACAGUACUUCCUCCUUGUCACCCCAGCGAUCCAAACUCCGCAUCAUGUCUCCCAUGCGAGCCGGGAACACUUACUCCAGGAGUAGUGUUUCCUCGGUCUCCGGCACGGGGAGCGCUGCAGACCUCGAGUCCAGUGCCAAGGCAGCUGAUCAUGUCUUAGGGUCACUGAACUCAAGUACUAAUUUGGGGCCAAACACGCCCUCUUCAAAUUUGCAAAGGACAGUGGUUACUGUGGGUACUAAAACCAGUCCCUUGGAUGGAGCUUCACCGUUAGAAGUGAAGCACCCCAGUGCUUCAGACGUGACGUCCAAGAGCUCCUCUUUAAAAGGAGAGAAGACCAAAGUGCUAAGUUCCAAGAAUUCAGAGGGAUGUGCACACAACACGGCUUACCCAGGGAUUCCUAAACUGGCCCCGCAGGUUCAUAACACCAUAUCUGGAGAAUUAAAUGUUAACAAAGUCAGCACUUUUGCCGAACCCUCUUCAGUGUCGUUUUCUUCUAAAGAGGCCCUCUCCUUCUCACAGCUACAUUCAAGAGGGCAAAGGAAUGAUAGAGACCAACACACAGAUUCUACUCAGUCAGCAAACCCCUCCCCAGAUGACAGUAAUGAUGUCAAAACCUUGAAGCUUGCUGGAAUGGGCAACAGAUCAUCUGUUUCCAGUGAACAUGUGGGGUCCAGUUCCAGAGACAGGAGACAGAAAGGGAAAAAAUCUUGCAAAGAAACUUUCAAAGAAAAGCACUCCAGUAAGUCAUUUCUGGAACCUGGUCAGGUGACAACUGAUGAAGAAGGAAAUCUAAAGCCAGAGUUUGCUGAUGAGGUUUUGACUCCUGAGUUUAUGGGGCCUCGACCAUGUAACAAUGUUUCGGCCGAGAAGAUUGGCGAGAAAGUCCUUCCUAUUCCAGGAGUUCCCAAAGCUCCAUCCAUGCAAGUAGAAGGACCUGCCAAAGAGUUACAGGCACCCCGGAAACGCACAGUCAAAGUAACACUGACACCUUUGAAAAUGGAAAGUGAGAAUCAGUCCAAAAACGCCUUGAAAGACGGUAGUCCUGCUUCCCCUUUGCAAAGAGAGUCAGCAUCUCCCACAGAGCCACUUGCAGCCUCUGAAAGUCCAGGAGAUGGCCCAGUGGCCCAGCCAAGCCCCAACAAUACCUUACCUCAGGAUUCUCAGAGUAACAACUAUCAGAAUCUUCCGGUACAGGACAGAAACCUCAUGCUUCCAGAUGGCCCCAAGCCUCAGGAAGAUGGCUCCUUCAAGAGGAGGUACCCCCGCCGCAGUGCCCGUGCCCGAUCUAACAUGUUCUUUGGGCUCACUCCACUCUACGGAGUAAGAUCCUAUGGUGAGGAAGACAUUCCGUUCUACAGCAGCUCGGUGGGGAAGAAACGAGGCAAGCGAUCAGCCGAAGGACAGGUGGAUGGGGCCGAUGACCUAAGCACUUCAGAUGAGGACGACUUAUACUAUUACAACUUCACCAGGACGGUGAUUUCCUCAGGUGGAGAGGAGCGGCUGGCUUCCCAUAAUUUAUUCCGAGAGGAGGAGCAGUGCGAUCUUCCAAAGAUUUCACAGUUGGAUGGUGUUGAUGACGGGACGGAGAGUGAUACUAGUGUUACAGCCACGACAAGGAAAAGCAGCCAGAUUCCGAAAAGAAGCGGGAAAGAAAAUGGAACCGAGAACUUAAAGAUUGACCAACCUGAAGAUGCUGGAGAAAAAGAACAUGUCAUCAAGGGUUCCGUUGGCCACAAAAAUGAGCCCAAGAUGGAUAACUGCCACUCGGUCAGCCGAGUUAAAACCCAGGGCCAGGAUUCCUUGGAAGCCCAGCUCAGCUCACUGGAGUCAAGCCGCAGAGUCCACACAAGCACCCCGUCAGACAAAAAUUUACUGGACACCUAUAAUACUGAGCUGCUCAAGUCCGACUCGGACAAUAACAACAGCGACGACUGUGGCAACAUCCUGCCUUCAGACAUCAUGGACUUUGUGCUAAAGAACACUCCGUCCAUGCAGGCUCUGGGGGAGAGCCCAGAGUCGUCUUCGUCAGAACUCCUGAAUCUUGGCGAAGGGCUGGGCCUCGACAGUAAUCGCGAAAAGGACAUGGGUCUUUUUGAAGUCUUUUCUCAGCAGCUGCCAACGACGGAACCCGUGGACAGUAGUGUCUCCUCCUCCAUCUCGGCAGAGGAGCAGUUUGAGUUGCCUUUGGAGUUGCCAUCUGACCUCUCUGUCCUGACCACCCGGAGUCCCACUGUCCCUAGCCAGAAUCCCAGUAGGCUAGCGGUAAUCUCAGACUCAGGGGAGAAGAGAGUGACCAUCACAGAAAAGUCUGUAGCCUCCUCUGAAGGUGACCCGGCACUGCUGAGUCCAGGGGUAGAGCCUGCUCCCGAAGGCCACAUGACUCCUGAUCACUUUAUCCAAGGACACAUGGAUGCAGACCACAUCUCCAGCCCCCCUUGCGGUUCUGUGGAGCAAGGUCAUGGCAACAAUCAGGAUUUAACUAGAAACAGUAGCACCCCUGGCCUACAGGUACCUGUUUCCCCUACUGUUCCCAUCCAGAACCAGAAGUAUGUGCCCAAUUCUACUGAUAGUCCUGGCCCAUCUCAGAUUUCUAAUGCAGCUGUCCAGACCACUCCACCCCACCUGAAACCAGCCACUGAGAAACUCAUUGUUGUUAACCAGAACAUGCAACCACUUUAUGUUCUCCAAACUCUUCCAAAUGGAGUGACCCAAAAGAUUCAGUUGACCUCUUCUGUUAGUUCUACACCCAGUGUGAUGGAGACAAAUACUUCAGUACUGGGGCCCAUGGGAAGUGGUCUCACCCUAACCACAGGACUUAAUCCAAGCUUGUCAACCUCUCAAUCUUUGUUCCCUCCUCCUAGCAAAGGAUUGCUCCCCAUGCCUCAUCACCAGCACUUACAUUCCUUCCCUGCAGCUACUCAAAGUAGUUUCCCACCCAACAUCAGCAGCUCUCCUUCAGGCCUCCUCAUUGGGGUUCAGCCUCCUCCAGAUCCCCAACUUUUGGUUUCAGAAGCCAGCCAGAGGACAGACCUCAGUACCACAGUAGCCACUCCAUCCUCUGGACUCAAGAAAAGACCCAUAUCUCGUCUGCAGACCCGAAAGAAUAAAAAACUUGCACCCUCUAGUACCCCUUCAAACAUUGCCCCCUCCGAUGUGGUUUCUAAUAUGACACUGAUUAACUUCACACCCUCCCAGCUUUCAAAUCAUCCCAAUCUGUUAGACUUGGGCUCACUUAAUACUUCAUCUCACCGAACCGUCCCCAACAUCAUAAAAAGGUCUAAAUCUGGCAUCAUGUAUUUUGAACAGGCACCCCUGUUACCACAGAGUGUGGGAGGAACUGCUGCCACGGCGGCGGGCACAUCAACCAUAAGCCAGGAUGCCGGCCACCUCACGUCGGGGCCUGCGUCUGGCUUGGCCUCCAGUUCCUCCGUCUUGAACGUUGUAUCCAUGCAAACCACAACUGCCCCUACAAGUAGCACAUCAGUUCCAGGACAUGUCACCUUAACCAAUCCCAGGUUGCUUGGGACCCCCGAUAUUGGCUCAAUAAGCAAUCUUUUAAUCAAAGCUAGCCAACAGAACCUGGGAAGUCAGGACCAGCCUGUGACUUUACCACCGAAUUCAGGAAUAUUUUCCCAGCUGGGGACAUCACAGACUCCCUCUAGUGCUGCAAUGCCAGCAGCAUCUAGCAUCUGUGUGCUCCCCUCUGCUCAGAACACAGGCAUCACAGCUGCUUCACCUUCUGGGGACGCCGAAGAACACUAUCAGCUUCAGCACGUGAACCAGCUCCUUGCCAGCAAAGCAGGGCUUCUCUCUUCCCAGCGUGAUCUUGAUUCUGCUUCAGGGACCCAGGCGUCCAACUUCACCCAGACAGCGGAUGCUCCCAACAGUGUGGGACUGGAGCAGAACAAGGCUCUGUCCUCAGCUAUGCAAGCCAGCUCAGCCUCUCCCGGAGGCUCUCCACCCUCUGGACAGCAGUCAGCAAGCCCCUCAGGGCCAGCUCCCACUAAACCCAAACCAAAAAUCAAACGAAUUCAGCUGCCUCUGGACAAAGGGACUGGCAAGAAGCACAAAGUUUCCCAUUUGCGGACCAGUUCUUCUGAAGCACACAUUCCAGACCAAGAAGCCAACACAGCACCCCUGGCCUCUGUCACAGGGACUCCAGGAGCCGAGGCCGAGCAGCAGGGCACAGCCAGUGUGGAGGAGUCAUCACAAAAGGAGUGUGGGCAGCCCACAGGGCAAGUGGCUGCUCUUCCAGAGGCUCAGGCAGCACAAAAUCCAGCAGCAAAUGAGCAAGAAAAUACAGAGCCUAAAACAGUGGAAGAAGAAGAAAGCAAUUUCAGCUCUCCACUGAUGCUGUGGCUCCAGCAAGAACAGAAGCGGAAGGAAAGCAUUGCUGAGAAAAAGCCCAAGAAAGGCCUCGUUUUUGAAAUUUCCAGUGAUGAUGGCUUUCAGAUCUGUGCGGAAAGUAUAGAAGAUGCCUGGAAGUCACUGACAGAUAAAGUCCAGGAAGCACGAUCCAAUGCCCGCCUCAAGCAGCUCUCGUUUGCAGGUGUCAAUGGUUUGAGGAUGCUGGGGAUUCUCCACGAUGCAGUUGUGUUCCUGAUUGAGCAGCUCUCUGGUGCCAAGCACUGUCGGAAUUACAAAUUCCGUUUCCACAAACCAGAGGAGGCCAAUGAACCUCCCUUGAACCCUCAUGGCUCAGCCAGGGCUGAAGUCCACCUAAGGCAAUCAGCAUUUGACAUGUUUAACUUCCUGGCUUCCAAACAUCGGCAGCCUCCUGAAUACAACCCCAAUGAUGAGGAAGAGGAGGAAGUGCAGCUGAAGUCAGCCCGGAGGGCAACUAGCAUGGAUCUGCCAAUGCCCAUGCGUUUCCGGCACUUAAAAAAGACUUCUAAGGAAGCAGUUGGUGUCUACAGGUCUCCCAUUCACGGCCGCGGGCUUUUCUGUAAGAGAAACAUUGAUGCAGGUGAGAUGGUGAUUGAGUAUGCCGGCAACGUCAUCCGCUCCAUCCAGACCGACAAGCGAGAGAAGUAUUACGACAGCAAGGGCAUUGGCUGCUACAUGUUCCGCAUCGACGACUCGGAGGUGGUGGACGCCACCAUGCACGGAAACGCUGCCCGCUUCAUCAACCACUCGUGUGAGCCCAACUGCUACUCUCGGGUCAUCAACAUCGACGGGCAGAAGCACAUUGUCAUCUUCGCCAUGCGCAAGAUCUACCGAGGGGAGGAGCUCACCUACGACUACAAGUUCCCCAUUGAGGACGCCAGCAACAAGCUGCCCUGCAAUUGUGGCGCCAAGAAAUGCCGCAAGUUCCUCAACUGAGGCUGCUCCGGCCCCCCGGCGCCAGAGCGCCAGGACCUACAGCCACCACAGCAGCAAGGAGCUCCAGGAUGGAUUGAGUGGGCACCACCAAGGGGCCUGAGCACUCUGCCGCCCCAUAGUUGCGUUGUACGAGCGGUGGCAGUCCUGGAGAGAGAGGAGGUGUCGAAGAAAAGAUCCGCAAUCAACCUUCUCCUGGGGCCCCUCUGGGAGAUGGGGUCCUGAGAGCGGACUCGCCCGGGAGGAGCCUAGGGAGGGGUAGUUAUGUGGGGAGCCUGGGCCUGCGCUCUCCCCGGAGAGAAGUGGCCAGCCUCGCCUCGGCUCUUUCCCAGCACUGCCAGGGGGCUAGGCUCUGUUGGACGCCUGCUGGUCCGCCAGCCAGGCGCAGCCCUGGGGUGGCCUGGGAGCAAGCAGAGAAGCUCUGGUGGUUUUCCCUGCCCUCCUCUAUGUGGUUGGGAAGCAGAAUUCCUAGCACCUCUGGUGUCAAAAUGCUGUCUUGGGGUUGUUGCCAAUUCCUUUGCAAACACUGAGCCCCUGGGCUGUAAGUGGGAGUGUCAUCCCCAGCGCCUUGUCUCAGCCAAUCACUCUCCCUGACAGUAGGAGCCGCUUCCCUCUCCCAGUCCUCCCUUCACUCCGCCUCCUUCCUCUGCCCUGUCCUCCAUCCACUGCUUUCCCAUUCUUCUUUCUGGGCGGUAGGGGGUGGGCUCCCUGCUCCAGGGCACUGCCUGCUGGGCAUAGGAUGUGCUGUCAGAAAGUGCCCUGACCUUGGGAGCACUCCAGGUGGGAGGUGGACAGGAGCCAGUGGCCAUAACCAGACAAAUUUGGAGUCAUGUCCGUGAAGCUCCUGUGAGAGUUCUGGAGAAGUAUGUGUAGCAUGAUUUUUUUUAGAAGAAGAAAAAUAUUAUUUAAAUAGGAUUUGAAUCAUGCCACAACCAGAGUAUCACCACCGGGACGCGCCCUGGGCCCUGUUCCUAGGCCAGGUUCCUUUCUUUGCCCCUUGCCAAGACAUAGGAAGACUCAUUCGUAAACGGUCAGUGUCCAGUUGAAGGCAGAACACUAAUCCGAUUUCAAGGCCCUAAACUUGGGGACUAGACCACCCUGUGUGGAGGGGACUCUGCCGCCUGUGCGCGAUCCAUGGAUAAAGUCAAUUCAAUGACACUACUGCCCUGGUGACUCCUUGGGACGCGGUCAGAACAGCAGCAAACGUUUCUUCUCUCCCUUCCCCCGAGACAGUGUCCUGAACCUGUUAAAUUAAGUCAUUGGAUUUUACUCUGUUCUGUUUACAGUUUACUAUUUAAGGUUUUAUAAAUGUAAAUAUAUUUUGUAUAUUUUUCUAUGAGAAGCACUUCAUAGGGAGAAGCACUUAUGACAAGGCUAUUUUUUAAAACCGCGGUAUUAUCCUAAUUUAAAAGAAGAUCGGUUUUUAAUAAUUUUUUAUUUUCAUAGGAUGAAGUUAGAGAAAAUACUCAGCUGUACACACAAAGUCUGGUUUCCCUGCCCGACCCCCUCCCCCCGGAAGGUGUCCUCUCUGUGUUUCACGUGUAGCUAGUUUGUGCCCGUCUGCUCUUUGACAAUACACGGAGAAGGAAGGCCACCCAGCUGCACUGGGCCACUGCCCUCCUUCCCCGUGGAGGCUCCUCCCAAGGCUGCAGUAGGACCCGGCUACAGCACUUCCUGCUCCCCCUCCCUCUCCUCCUCCCCCUUCCAGAACUGUCUCCCUCCUCUCCGGCUUGGCCCCAGAGCGGCGGGAGGCGAUGCUCAUCUUCCUCAGCUCUCCUCCGGCAGAGUCCGCAGCCGACCCGUGGACGGCAGCCUGCCAGCCUCCACCAUCGCCAUCUGCCUCAUUAGGUCGCCUCCUUUCCGUCCCCUCCGCCCACCACGCCCUCCUUCCUGCAAAGCACCCGCUGAUCCCCGCGUGCCCUCUUUUGGGGCAGCCCGUUGAAACUGAAGCACAGUCUGACCACUCACGAUAAAGCAGAUCUGCCUCCGCCUUGCCACAGGGCUCAGAGUAGUGUGGUCCCAGGAGAGGGUGGGGCGCCCUCUCCUCGCCGCAGGAAGUCAUUCCUAGGGAAGUCUAGCGAAGCAAUACGACUCGGCCCAGCACUCUCUGCCCCCAGGACUCGUGGCUCUGCUGUGCCUUCCAUCCUGGGCUCCUUUGCUUCUGUGACCUUAAGAACUUUCGCCUGGUGGCUUUGCUGGAACAUUGUCACUGUUUCCACUGUCAUGCAGGGAGCCCAGCACUGUGGCCAGGAUGGCAGAGACUUCCUUGUCAUCAUGGAGAAGUGCCAGCAGGGGACUGGGGAAAGCACUCGACCCAGACCUCCCCUCCCCCUCCUGUUGCCCGUGAACAAGACGCAGUGGCCCGAGGGGCUCCACUCGUGUCUGCUUUCCUUUAUUAUUGCACUGUGUGAGGUUUUUUUGUAAAUCCUUGUAUUCCUAUUUUUUUUAAAGAAAAAAAAAAACUUAAGCUGCGUUUGUUACUGAAACGAUUAAUGCACUGAUGGGUCAUGAAUUCACCUUGAGAAAGACCCAAGGCCAGUCAGGGGUGGGGGAACUCAGCUAAAUAGACCUAGUGACUGCCCUCCUAGGCCGCGCUGUACUGUGAGCCCCUCCUCGUUCUCUUCCUCCAGCCCCGAACCCCGAGGACAGGGGAGGAACCACAUCUGUCCUUCUCCUGCCAGCAGCAGCUGGUUUGCCUUGCCUUUCCACCCCCGACCAUCAACCACAGAAAUGAGAAAUCGCUCUUUCAGCUCAGCCUUGAGUCCAUUGCCAAAAAUUUCAGCACACCUGCCAGCAACUUGGGGGAUGAGCUAAGGCUUCCCCCCCGCAGAGGGGAAGAAGGCAAGGAUGGCGUAGCUGUCUCCAGAACGUGUCUGAGUCUGUUUGGAAAGUGACCGAGGAAUCUCCGCACAAAAGUGCAGACGGAGGAAUCACGGUGGGUCGUUCCCAAGAAUCCCCCAAGGGGCAUCCCAGAUCCCUAAGGAGUAACAGCUGCAAACCUGGUCAGUUCUCAGUGAGAGCCAGCUCACGUUCGCUUUGCUGCUAGAACCUGUUGUGGCUGCAUUUCCUGGUGGCCAGUGACAACUGCGUGACCAGAAGAGCUGCGUGGCGCCGCCCCUUCGGCCGGAACCCGGUCCCUUGGCUCCCUCCGUGGCUGCCCACCACCCCCAGCACAGCCCCUCCUGUUUUUAGACCAAUAACAAGAGUUAAGGGGGAAGCCUUGGCAGCUAGAAGUUCUCAACCAAGACUCCUUGGCCGGGACCCAGUCCACCACCCUGCUCACCUCCGUCUCACCCCCGGCCAAUGCAGUGAGCACCAUGCAGCAACCUUGAUUCAAAAGCAAACAAAAAACAAAAAAAAAAAAGAAAAAAGAAAAAGAAAAAAAUGCAACAACACACGAAAAACAAAAAAAAAAUCUUUUAAUGAAUGUAUCUUUCUAAAGGACUGGCGUUCAAUCAAAUAUCUGAAAAUACUAAAGGUCAAAACCUUGUCAGAUGUUAACUUUUAAGUUUGAUUCGGGAUUUUUCUUUUGACUCGAGAUCAAGUUGUCCUUGUUUUUGUUUUAAAGGAAAAGCGGGUCGUCGCAAAGGGCUGGGUGUCAUUCUGUGUUUCAUCCCCUUCAUUUUAAAGCAAUACAAGGGUAUUGAGCAGAAGGUUCUGAUACCAGUCAAGUCUCUCUCUGAAAACUUGCAACCUUUUUUGUUUGUUUUGGUUUUCAAAUAAAUAUAAAUAUGAUAUAUAUAGGAACUAAUAUAGUAAUGUACCAUGUAACAAAGCCUAGUUCAGUCCAUGGCUUCUAAUUCUCUUAACACUAUAGAUAAGGAUUGUGUUCCAGUUGCUAGUAGCGGCAGGAAAAUGUCAGGCUAGCCUUGCUCUGGUCCCCGAAACGGGGGGCUCAGACCACAGGGGGAUGGGAAGCGAGGCCAUCCCCGGGACCAGAGAGAUGCAGAAAUGGUGUCACCUGGAUUUUUUUCUGCCCUUGAAUGUUGCCAGUUGGUACCUGUACUCCUUGUUUCUCUAUUUCUGCCAUGAAUGUCGGGGUUUCCACCUGCACUUAGGGGACAGUUGUGUUCUGUGCUUUCCUGGUGUCCUGCUCUGAGGUACUCUAGUUCUGUCUCUCAACCAAGAAAACAGACUCGUGCUGUUUCUUUUAUUGAACUUUUAACAGUCUCUUUAGUAAACACAGGUAGUUGAAUAAUCAUUUCAAGAGCUCAACAGAUGACAAGCUUCUUUUCUAGAAAUAAGACAUUUCUUGACAACUUUAUCAUGUAUAACAGAUCUUUUGUUUUGUUAUUUUUUUUCCUUGUGUUCUUCCAAGCUUCUGGUUAGAGAAAAAGAGAAAAAAAAAAAAGGGCAAAUGUGUCUAAAGUCCAUCAGUGUUAACUCCCUGUGACAGGGAUGAAGGAGAAUACUUUAAUAGUUCAAAAAAUAAUAAUGCUGAAAGCUCUCUACGAAAGACUGAAUGUAAAAGUAAAACGUGUACAUACUUGUAAAAAAAAGGAGUUUUUAAACAUGUUUAUUUUCUAUGCACUUUUUUUUAUUUAAGUGAUAGUUUAAUUAAUAAACAUGUCAAGUUUAUU